UCUCCUGGGUCGUGUUAAUCUUUACGGUGAGGGCGGUGGUUGCUUAUUCAGUCCGAGGUGUUAGACAUAGUCUUCCAGCUUUGUAAAAGCUGAAAUACCUAGUCCCCUGGUCCGGCUCUAUUCGUUGUUUCAUUUAUCGGCUUCUGCUUUACAACAGCUCUCGCCGUAGCAGCCGCCGCCCAUCCUUCUUUGUGUGGAUCGGGAAGCCACGGAGCUGGUAGCGGCGACAGUUGGCGUUAGGGGCGAAGGCGAACGACGUUACCGGGAAGUUGCAAGCGGACGAACUCUUCCCCAUCCCGCCACCUGACAGGUUCCAAAAAUGUCUGACAAAAGUGAAUUAAAAGCUGAGUUGGAGCGUAAGAAGCAGCGGUUGGCCCAAAUCAGAGAGGAAAAGAAGAGAAAAGAAGAAGAAAGGAAAAAAAAGGAAACUGAUCAGAAGAAGGAAGCAGUUGCUCCUGUGCAAGAAGAAUCAGAUCUUGAAAAAAAAAGAAGAGAAGCUGAAGCAUUGCUUCAAAGCAUGGGGCUAACUCCAGAAUCCCCCAUUGUCCCUCCUCCUAUGUCUCCAUCCUCCAAAUCUGUGAGCACACCAAGCGAAGCUGGAAGCCAGGACUCUGGAGAUGGUGCCGUGGGAUCUAGGACGCUGCAUUGGGAUACAGACCCGUCAGUUCUUCAGCUUCACUCAGAUUCCGAUUUGGGACGAGGACCUAUUAAACUCGGAAUGGCUAAAAUUACACAAGUUGACUUUCCUCCUCGAGAAAUCGUCACGUAUACAAAGGAAACUCAGACUCCAGUUAUGGCUCAGCCCAAAGAAGAUGAAGAGGAAGAAGAUGAUGUUGUGACUCCUAAGCCUCCUGUUGAACCUGAAGAAGAGAAAACUUUAAAGAAAGAUGAAGAAAAUGAUAUUAAAGCUCCCCCUCAUGAGCUCACUGAAGAAGAAAAGCAACAAAUUUUGCACUCUGAGGAAUUUUUAAGUUUCUUUGACCAUUCUACAAGAAUUGUAGAAAGAGCUCUUUCUGAACAGAUUAACAUCUUCUUUGACUACAGUGGGAGAGAUUUGGAAGACAAAGAAGGAGAGAUUCAAGCAGGUGCUAAACUGUCACUAAAUCGACAAUUUUUUGACGAACGUUGGUCAAAGCAUCGUGUUGUUAGUUGUUUGGAUUGGUCAUCUCAGUACCCAGAGUUGCUUGUGGCUUCCUAUAACAACAAUGAAGAUGCUCCUCAUGAGCCUGAUGGUGUGGCCCUCGUGUGGAAUAUGAAGUACAAAAAAACUACGCCAGAGUAUGUGUUUCACUGCCAGUCAGCUGUGAUGUCUGCUACAUUUGCAAAGUUUCAUCCAAAUCUGGUUGUUGGUGGUACAUAUUCAGGCCAAAUUGUGCUUUGGGAUAACCGUAGCAAUAAAAGAACUCCAGUGCAAAGAACUCCGUUGUCAGCUGCUGCACACACACACCCUGUAUAUUGUGUAAAUGUAGUUGGAACACAAAAUGCUCACAAUCUGAUUAGCAUCUCUACUGAUGGAAAAAUUUGUUCAUGGAGUUUGGACAUGCUUUCCCAUCCACAGGAUAGCAUGGAGUUGGUUCAUAAACAGUCAAAGGCAGUGGCUGUGACAUCUAUGUCCUUCCCUGUUGGAGAUGUCAACAACUUUGUUGUUGGGAGUGAAGAGGGCUCUGUGUACACAGCAUGCCGCCAUGGCAGCAAAGCUGGAAUCAGUGAGAUGUUUGAGGGGCAUCAAGGACCAAUCACUGGCAUCCAUUGUCAUGCAGCUGUUGGAGCAGUAGACUUCUCACAUCUUUUUGUCACUUCAUCGUUUGACUGGACAGUAAAACUUUGGACAACUAAGAAUAACAAGCCUUUGUACUCAUUCGAAGAUAAUUCAGACUACGUUUAUGAUGUUAUGUGGUCACCCACCCACCCAGCCCUAUUUGCCUGUGUGGAUGGCAUGGGGAGACUGGAUUUGUGGAAUCUCAAUAAUGACACAGAGGUGCCAACUGCCAGCAUUUCCGUGGAGGGUAAUCCUGCUCUUAAUCGUGUAAGAUGGACCCAUUCUGGAAGAGAGAUUGCCGUGGGUGAUUCUGAAGGACAGAUUGUUAUAUAUGAUGUGGGCGAGAUUGCUGUUCCCCGCAAUGAUGAAUGGGCACGGUUUGGCCGAACUCUCGCGGAAAUCAAUGCAAACCGAGCUGAUGCAGAGGAGGAAGCAGCUACUCGGAUACCUGCUUAGUUCUUGAAAUGGGAUGGGUAGCCUUAGUGGAUUUGGGGAAGACUCUAAGUAGAUCCUAAGACUCUUUGCAUGCUUCUACCUAAGUUAUAAUCAAAAGGAAAUUUCAUGGAUUAAACUGUGGAUUUAAUGCCACAAGCAAGUCUUACAAUGUCCUUUUUUAUAUAACAUGCACCUUGUUUUGGAUUUGUGUCAUUUUUAAUACAGCUGACUAACAUUACAAAAUGCAGCCUUUUCUGAAUUCUUAUAUACAGUUGUCUAUUUCACAUUAGUUACUCUUUGGAAUUCUUUUCAAUUUAUAACAUUAUAUGCAGUAGUUUCUAAAGCAAGGUUAUGUAAGUUCUGCGUAUUUUUAAAUAAUCACAAUUCCUUGUUAUACUGAUAAUGUUCUCACUAACCAUAAAGUAUAGGAACAUUGUUUAUUCUUUGCUGUAGCAUGCGUAUGUCUAUCCAAGUUCCAUUCUGCUCUCCUUUAUCUUGUUUAUAAUUCAUGUGGUAGCUAUCUAAAUAAAAACAAAUCUGCAUAAACUUUUCA